GCGCGUCCUCGCGGGCCGUGGCAGCGGUCACGUGACCAUGGCGGAGUGCUGUCAGUGUGUCUGGUGCAGUGGUGUGGUGAAGGUGUGUCGCUCGCGCGCUUCAGCCCACAUGAACGGCAUCUUAUCGUUGUGAUCGUUGUCAUUCGUCGGUGUCCUCGCGUGGUGUGUCGUGGCGGGGCGCGAGGCUGGAUUGUAGUGGAUACUGUGUGUGGAAUAGGCGAGGCAAGCAGGACACCUUGGCGGCCCGACCUGCGCUGACCCAUACAGGCAGGACACAGGACCAGCAAGCAGAGGGCAGGUCAGGGCAGUGGCACGCUCGUAGACACCGUGCCCCGUUACUGUACUGGAGCCUCCUAGCCGUCCCUCACGUGGGGAGAUGCAUGCCGAGUGACGUGUUGGGACCGUACGAAGGGAGGGCGUGACCAUGACUGCUCCAGGAGCCUCGCAGUUACCUGUUACCUAAGCCUUGUCCCCUCUUGAGCACCUCCACACAACGUCAUGGAUGCCAGUAAUGAGUUCAAGGUGUUUCUCUCCCCCUCGAGCGGGUCAGACUCGAAGGGGAAGAAGGGUGAGGGUGACAGCGGGGCCGGGGUGAGGCAGCGACUCGUCCCCGUGAUCAACAAGGUGUUCUCGCCGUCACACUUCAUGCUGGCCCAGAGGAAGACCACGGUGUACAAGGCUGUCUCUGGCGUGUCCUUCCAAGACAUAGACAUCGGCGGAAAGAGGAAGUCCAGCAGCAACAAGCGGGAGAAGAAAGACAGGAACCCAGAGAGCAAGAGGGAUGGCAUAUACAACCCGGCCAGCGAGGGUGAGCUGUCCCUUCAGAGCACCAAAAGCGAGCGGGUGAGGUCUUUUUUAGGGGUGCGAGAAGGGCGAGCCGCAGCGAGGAGGCACCGCCACAGCCUCGGCAGUAAUAGUGACCGACCGUCGACUUUUCUCAGCGAUUCCGACAAGCUGGCGGCCAAAAAAUCGAGGGUUCGCAGUGCCAGCACCGUCGACAACAUGUACCUCUCCAAGGACAAGGCUGGAGACGCCCCGGAGAAGCCGCAAAGAUCUCGGUCCGCCUCACGCGCCAGGAAGUCUGUGUCAAAGGUAUCCGUCGGCGGCAACACAGGCCCCGGCGAGAAGGGAAAGGGCGAGGAGGAGGAGAAGAAGAAGAAGGCAGAUGAUGCUGGGCCAAAGGACUCCGUGGAUAACCAGAAGGACAAGCCCAGCGGUGACGAGGCUCGCAGUCGCUCGCGUAAGAAGACUGGGAAAAACCGGAAAUCUCACUCCACUCAACAUGGCCACGAGAAAGCGAAAGAGGAGGAGGAGGACGAAGAACCCGAGGGAGGCUACUUUAGUCUCGAGAAGGAGGAGAGAGGAGGCGGCGAGAUCAAGUUCAUUUACGACGCACUGCCGAGUACCUCCGGCGACGAGUACCUGGAGAACGACCAGUGUGUGGAGGCCAUCUACGUGUGCCAGGCGAUGCGGCGGAGCGAGGACGAGGCCGCUGAAGAGCCCAUCUACGAAAACUGUGACGAUCUGGUCAAAGCGAACAGCGCCCGCCCUGCGACUGAACAGGAUGAGGACCAGGACACGUGCCCGGCCACUCAACAGGUGAAGGAAGAGGAGCAGGCCACGAACAGCCGAGCCCAGGAGGAGGAAGGGCACAACCUUAAAAACCUGGCGGCUGAGAACCCUCUGGCGCUGACUCGGUCGACGGCCACCCAGGCGAGGCUCAGCAGGCGGCGGCCUAUGGACUCCGUUGACUCCAUCCCCUUCAUCGACGACAGCGAUCACUCUGGCGACGACUCAGCGACGAGGAGCCCCGCGAGCCCCAGGAUGAAAGUCGCGGGCGGCGUCACUGUCGUCACCAUCAAGGAGGACGACAACAUGGAGGUGACGCGCAAGGCUGGGCCGAUGCGAACCAAGUCCGUAGCGCGGCAGCCUCAGGAGGGAGCCGAUGAGGCGGGGGCGGAGGGCGGAGGCUUGCACGUGCAGGUCCAGGCCGCCGGGAAUGCUGAGGCCGAGGAAGAGGAGGCGGACUCUGCGCCGCGGCGGCCCACCAGGUACUCCUACCCCGCCACCUCCCCGGCGGGCGUGAGGCUGUGCAGCAAGGUGGGCAAGAGGCUGGCGCGGCACACGCCCACCUCAGCGGAGUCUCGGGGCUCUGGCACGCACGGCGGCGGCGACGCGAGGGUCAAGAAGAGCAUGAGCCACAGUGACGUGCAGACUCACGUGGAGGGGCGCGACGCGCCCCUGUCAGAGUCUUUCUCCGACGACGACAUCCGCCAAAACGAGGAGUUUGAGUCCUUCUCGGAAACAGACUCAGAUCUGAACAACCUGGACUAUGACUUGUUCCUGCCGCGGGGAGGGCGGGGCAGCAGGUCCCCCGUCAAGACCAGGCGGAAGCCCCGAGGUCGCUCACUGUCUGCCUCCCAGGCGGACCCCCUCCUGACCUCCACGUCGGUCAGGGCACCGCGAGCCGUGCCAAGGCGUCGCAUCUCUGCCGGCGUGGACGGCGGCGGCGGCUCAGGUGGCCUUCAAUCUCCUAAGACGUUCCAGGACCUACUCGGGGACAAGUACCUCAACCCUCCCGAGGCAGAGGCCGCCGCCCAUCCGCCGCAGGACGGCCAGAAGCUGCAGCCGCUCGUGAUCCGCGAGGCCGCAGACCCCGCCGCGGCCCCGGAGAGCGCUGCCGCCGUGCCUCAGGCCACGGAGCACGUGGUCGCGGACGACUGCUUCUCCUUCACGUGGUCCGACGCCGAGAGUGAGUUUGAAUUCAUCGAUUUCAACAAGGUGGAGCCGCCCAAGACGUGCGUGGUGUACCAGGGCCUCGCCGCCGCGUGUGCCAUGGUGGCCCUCACCACCACCACCUCCUCCACCACCACCUCCACCACCACCAGCACCACCGUCAUCACCGACAAGAAACUCGCCGGGGCUGUCAAGAGAACCCAGAGCAUGAAAGUGGUGGGCGAGCGUGUGAGUGGGCGGGGCGAGGCUGCGGCACUGCGAUGGGAGCCCCUACUGUGUGUGCUGCCCGAGGGCCUGGCCGCCUCCACGCAGGGUGGACUCGUGCGAAGCGUCAGCGGCGUGAGCAUUCGCCGCAGCGUGAGGGCGGACGGGAGCCGAUACACCGCGACGACCGCCGACGGGAAGUCUUCUCAGGACGAUACAGGUAAGUCAGCUAUUGUGUAUUAUUCUUCUUUUUCAUCUCCAGUGUUUUUGUGUCUAUCUCUGCUCUGAUUUACUCUUCUCCUU